CCCCUCUGGAGUACUGACCAAGCGGCGGUGACAGUAGGAGUGUGCGUGUGUGUGUGCUCGCUCAGUCCACCUCCUUGGGCGCCUACUCCACCACCCUCGUACUCCUCCACUAGAUCAGGAAGAGGCAGGAGAAGAAGGAAUUAAGGAAGAAGAAGAAGGAGAGUAACAAGAAAGGAUAACAGCAUGUCUUCUAAAACAGUUGUAGGGUUGUCCUCCUCUUCCAAGACGUCUAAGCUGGAGGCCUCCAGCUCCCAAAUGAUGUCCUCCUCCAGGCAGAUCUCCAGCAGCAAGGGAGUGUCCUCCAAAACCUACUCCUACCGCACAGGCCCCGCCGCCGACGAGAGCAAUGUGACGAUCGAGUAUAUCAGUGACGUGUCCAACAUCACCAGGCUGGAGGACAAGAUUCGCCUGCUUAUGGAUGACAUCGAGUACGAGAGGGAGCUGAGGCAGAGGGUUGAGCGCGACAAGGCCGACCUUAGUGUGCAGGUCAUUCAGCUGACCGAGCGCAUUGAGGAGGUCGAAGCCGGAGCCGAUGGACAGAUCGAGAUUAACAAGAAGAGGGACGCGGAGUUGGCCAAGCUGAGGAAGCUGUUGGAGGACGUGCAUCUGGAGAGUGAGCAGACCCACCACAUCCUGAAGAAGAAGCACCAAGAGGCCGUGGUGGACUUCCAGGACCAGAUUGACAUCCUCACCAAGUCCAGGAGCAAGGUCGAGAAGGAAAAGUCCAAGGCCCAGGCAGAGGUUAUCGAACUGUCUGAGCAGCUUGAGAGGUUCACCAUCGACUCUGCCAACAGCCACAAGGUGAUCAAGAGCCUCAACAUUACCGUCCAGGAGCUCAGCAUCAAGGUGGAGGAGCUCAACCGAACCAUCGUCGACAUCACCUCCUCCAAGCAGCGCCUCAGUGUGGAGAACGUGGAGCUGACGAAGGUGGUGCAGGAACUGAAGGUGAAGAUCGAGGAGCUGAACUACAGUCUCAAGAGCAGCUGCACCACCGUUGAGGAGUACAGGAGGAAGUACGAAGGCGAGGAAUCGCGUCGCCACAAGCUGGAGGUGGAGCUGGGUAACAUCGGCAACGAGCUCGGCGCCGCCCGCAGGUCCUACGAGGAGGAAUGUGAGCUGCGCCUGGAUAUCGAGAGGAAGUACAGCAGCGAGGCCCAAGCUGCCCUGGCCUACAAGAGCAAGUUCGAGCAGGAGUGCCGCGCCCGCCAGGAGGAUGUUGAGGAAAUCAAGAAGAAGAUGAGCAUCAAGAUCCUGGAACUGGAAGAGCACUGCACAUCCCUUACCCAGAAGGUGUCCGGUCUCGAGAAGCAGAAGAGCCGCCUGUCCCAAGAGAUCGAGAUCCUCAUCCUGGACUUGGAGAAGGCCAACAACAACCACAGGGAGGUGAAGGCCCGUCUGGAGACCGUGGACCGCGAGUACAAGACGCUGGUGGUGAAGUACGAAGAGCUGAACAUGUUGUACGAGCAGACCAGCAAGGACCUCAAGGUGCGCACCGUCGAGUACAACAAGGUGCUGCAGGAGUACGAGCACGUCAAGGAGAUGCACGAGAAACUUUCCCUCGACUUCAAGAAAAUUGCCACUGAGAACGUUGACCUCAAGGGAACUGUUGGUGACCUGACCCGACUCAAGCACGACCUCGAGCUUGAGAUCCGCCGUCUGGAGGCCGAGAGGAACGAGCUGGCCAACGCCCUCAACGAGUCCGAGAACGCUCGCAAGGAGGAGGAACACCGCUUCAUCAAGAUGAGCAACGAAUACCAGAGCUACAGGGUCGAGAUGGAGAAGAGGCUCACGCUGAGGGAGGAGGAGCUGGAGUCCGUGCGCAAGCAGAUGGCCAUUGAGGUUGACAACUUGAACGCCCGCGUGGUGGAGGCCGAGACCCGCCUGAAGUCCGAGGUCACCAAGAUCAAGAAGAAGAUGCAGAUCGUGAUUACCGAGCUUGAGAUGAGCCUCGACACCACCAACAAGUCCAACAUCGAGCUCCAGAAGACCGUCAAGAAGCAGGCCAUCUCCCUCCAGGAGCUCCAGGCCCACUACGACGAGCUUCAGAGGCAGCUGCAGACCACCCUGGACCAGUAUGGCGUUGCCCAGCGCCGCAUCCAGGGCCUGACUGCCGAGUACGAGGAGGCUCGCGGCGCCCUUGACGCUGCUAUCCGCGCUCGCCGUUCUGUGGAGCUGCAGUACGAGGAGGCCUCUGCCCGCAUCAAGGACCUCACCACCAUCAACGUGAACCUCAGCAACACCAAGAGCAAGCUGGAACAGGAGCUGUCCGUGAUCGCCAGCGACUACGACGAAGUCACCAAGGAAUUCAGGCUGAGCGAGGAGCGCCUGAGCAAGACCACCAUCGAGCUCAAGCGUACCAUCGAGCUCCUCCACGAAGAGUCGGAGCGUUACGUCAAGAUCGAGUCCAUCAAGAAGUCCCUGGAGGUCGAAGUGAAGAACCUCAACAUCCGCAUCGAGAACAUCGAGGCCAACGCUCUCGCCAGCACCAAGAGGAUGGUGUCCAAGCUCGAGGCUAGGGUGCACGAGCUGGAGAUGGGUCUGGACGAGGAGUCCCGCCGCCACCAGGAGACCAUCAAGAUCCUGAGGAAGAAGGAGAGGAACGUGAAGGAGCUCGUGAUGCAGUGCGAGGAGGACCACAAGAACAUCCAGAUCCUGCAGGAGACCCUCGACAAGACCUACGAGAAGAUCAACCUGUACAAGCGCCAGCUCAACGAGUCGGAGUCCGUGUCCUCGACAAACCUGACCCGCGUGCGCAGGUUCCAGAGGGAGCUGGAGGCCGCCGAGGAGAGGGCCGAGGUGGCUGAGAGCAACCUGUGCAUGAUCAGGGCCAAGCACCGCACGCUCGUCACCAGCCAGACCACCACCCUGCCCAGCGGCGAGACUGUCGUGGUCAAGGAGACGGUCACCACCAACUAAAUGCCUAGGUCUCCCCUAAACUCCUUCCGUUUUCUUUUUCCUUUUUGCCCUUGCUUCGUUUUCUUCUUCACUCUAUUACUACCGUUUCGUAUCUUUUUUCUUUUCCUUUAUUCUUAUUAUGAAGCUCUCUUAGUUUGUCUAGCGUAGUGAAGGAAACCGUCACCGCAAACUAAGCGUCUAGGUCUCUCCCCUUGAUUCUUCUUCCCGUUUUUUUUCUUUCUUUCGCCUUUGUAUCGGUUUCUUGUGUUGUAUGAUUCUCUUACUCCUCUUUCGAUUAUUUCUUUCGUAUCAUAUUCUCUCUUUCUUUCAUUCCUCUUUGAUAGUUCUUUUCUCCGCUUCCUUUUCAUCUCCCUCUUCCUGUUUUCUGUAUUUCCUCUCCUCAUUUUCUUUGAUGGAGAGCUUGCUUAAUAUCGUCCUUCUUUCGUUUUCCUCUUUUAUCUUUCCGAAUUUGAUCAACAUUGCGUUAAUUUUGUACAGAUUCUCCUUUCCUCUUCCUUUUAUUAUUCUUAUUUUCUUGCUUCCCGUCACUGAGAGCAAAGUUUAUCUCACUGUCUUUUCCUUGAGCAUUCGUUAAGAUAAGAAUAACCAAGUCCUCAGAAAGCUGAUGAUGACGAUGAUAAGUGAACCAUAAAAUAGCACUAACACAUCACUAUAUUAAUCUGGCUCUUGUCUGGAUGCUACAAAGUUUAUUGAUUUAUUUUAUUUAUCUACAUUUCCUUUAUGGCCAGGUUAUUAGGAUUAUUAUUAGGUAACCAUAGACAUAUUCUCUCUCCCCCAGUUCGUUUUCUUUCAAUUAUCUUGCAUUUCUUUUGCCAGACACGCAUAGAAAACGACCGUGACAACAUUUCAAGAUGGGGGACUAUUAUUUUCCUCUGGCUGUGUCGUGUAUUUGCUUUAGAAUCCAUGUAGAGGAUUGGAAUAAACUCUUUGUCGUACACAGAAGCUUCUUAGUGAUUCUGUAGCCCACGCACACAUUCAGAGCUUGCGUGUGUGUGUGUAUGUGUGUGUGUGUAUAUCUGUGUGCGUGUGUCGAUCUAUCUCUUGCUCUCUCUAUCCCUCUCUAUCUCUCUCCUCCCUUAUAUAGCGUGUACACGUGCAUACACAUACACAUGACGCGAUCCAUAUCAGUGGUGUGUGUGUGUGUGUGUGUGUGUGUGUGUGUGUGUGAAAGUACGUCGUUUUAACAGCGUAAUUACUGUAACACCGUCUCACUCUCUCUCCCGUAAACCCUAACACAACAACAACACUAACAACAACAAAACCACGACAACCACCACCACCACCAAACCCUUUCCUUAACAUUAUCAAACCGAGCAGCAUAACGGCAGCAUAUCAACAGCAGUAGAAGCAGAAGCGGCAGCAGCAUUAUAAUUUCAGAAGAGUGUUAUAACAAUACCCUCCUGGCAGCAUAUAACCUCUCCGUCCACUCUUCCUCCUCCUUCCUCUUCCCACCUCCUUGACUUUUUCUUCCUAGUCGUCCUAACUCAGUACUGAAAUUGACUCAAAGGAAAAAAAAUGCUGUGAAAGAUAACGUUAAGACUUUGCUUAAUGAUUUGAAAAGGGAGAAAUAGGAUAACAGUGAGUGAAUAAAUGGGAAUAAACGAGAAUUAAAACGAGAUCGCGGUAACAGACAUACGAGUUCUGGAAGAGGUGGUUGUUGACGCUUGACUCUGGAAAGGAAGGCAAGGAGGAAGAGGACAAAUGAACAUCAAGUACGAAUGCUAUGAAUAAGUUAGAUUACGAAAAGUGGCGUGAGUGAACUAAUAAAAACACAACAGGAAAAACACACACAGACUAUCACACAUAAAAACAAACACACGCACAGACGCACACACAAACAAGAAGGGAUGGGGGGGGGGGUGAAGGAGUGGGGGGCUGAGGGUUGAGAGAAGGAGAGUCGAGGGCUGGGGUGUCUAGGCUGUGAUCCGGAUCCUGUGACCUUCCUGCGUGACCUGACUGGAGAGAGGUCAUGGGUCACCGCCCCCCUUCGGCUGGGGAGUCAUGAGGGGGGGCGGUGACCUUGGUUCCUAUAGUGGUUGGUCAAACUUAAAUUAACAACAACAAAAUCAAUUAACGAGUCACCCACAAGGUCAUCGGGUCAAUAAUGGUCAUGUUCAGGAAGGUUUUGCUAGGAUUUCGGGUCAUUCCUGUCGACACUGUGGCUGGGAAAACACUAUCUUGCCCUCGACGCCUCCCAGGAUCGACACACCGCUGACGAGACGCUUCACACAAACCCGAACCCGAAGCUCUGACCGAAGCACUUUUGGGCGGUAGAGUAGAAGUCGAUGUUUUGUUUUGAUUUGUGUUUUUUUUUAACUAAUUCGUUGUUUUUCUUGGAACGAUUCACUGCUUCACUUAUUGGGGGUUGGAGUUUUCAUUCAUUAAUUAAGUAGUUUUUGUUGAAGUAGAUCUGAGUCCAGGUCGAAUCUUUCAAACACACCGUUCGAAGCAUUAUGAACACCGACUCAGUGAACGCAGCAUUUCGAGACGACCACGAUAGAUUACGUAAUAGUUAGUUAAGUUUUUCUUCCUCUUUUUCCAUCACUAAACUGUUUCCUUCCUCUUCUUCCCUACCACUAUCAAAGCAUUAUAUUCUGGUUUUAUUUAUUUCCUUCCCCGUUUCUCGCUCCUUUUUCGAUCCCUUCACAUCCUUCAUCCUUACCUUGCGGGAGUCCUAGAGAGUCGUCACGUCUUCCCGGGAUCCCACGCUGCCCUUGGGACUCUGACGGAGAACGUGUAUGACCCCCUCGACAAACGGACACCAACUAGCCCCCCACCACCCUCCUGACGGCUGCUCGGGGCGACUAUCGUGCCUACCGGAAGGCUAUCGUACUUCAAGAAUACCGUACCUCAAGAAUUAUCGUACCAGGCAUGCAAGCAGUGGAUAUGUUUAGUGAAUUCAUCCUAUUUUGUCUUUAUUUCGCCAUCCAGCAUCGCCAGUGUGUGUGUGAGGUAAAGUGAGACGGUCAGUUAUGUUCAUCCCGACGGCUUCCACCCCUCCCUCACCUCCGCCCCGCACCGCUGCCGAGGGUGGACUGACGGGGGGCGGGGCGUGGUGGGCGUGGCUCCGGUGUGACGUCACGAGAUUGCUGGUCCUUUCGAGGGUCCUGACGAUCAUUAUAAAGGUUAAUAAAAGGGCUACGUCGUC